AUGCCGCUGAAACUCAAUUGCCUGUCGACGUUCUCGAUUCUUAUCCUGCUGUCCCUCUCCACACAAGCGUUUGCUGCCAAUCAAGCCAAGACGAAAACGUCGCCGCUGACAACAACAAUUGCAGCAGCGCUGAAAAAUUCAACGUCAGAGGAGCAUGUCGAAGGUAGUGCAAAUAUGCCCGGCCGGUUGGCAGACAUCGAAGUCAAUGGAUCCGGCUACCCGACAGAUGACGAGGAUGGUGAUGAUGUUCAUGGAUCAGGCAAGCCGCCAUCUCAACCAGCCAUUGCCGUCACCACUAAAGCCACCACAAAAGAAUCGGAUAGCGCCAAAAAGCCCUUCUCCCCGUCGAAUGUUGUUGUGACUGCAAAACCGCCAACGAUAUCAACUACGACAGUGAGCUUCAAGCCUCCGGUCCAACCAAAGCCAGCCGCCAACGACAAAGAGAUCAAGGUGGAGGAUGACGAGGACGACGAUGAGGAUGAAGACGAGGAUGAGGACGACGACGAUGAAGAUUUUGCUGAUGAGAAUGUUCAUAAUGAUGAUGACUUCUUCACAACAACAACCACAACUGUAGCGGCCAUUGUCACGACAACGACACCAAGGUCACAUGUGGCACAAACGACAAAGCCACCUCGUCAUCAGCCUCCACUCGUCACCUCGACCAUCUCAUCCGGUCCGUUCUCGCCGUUCCAUGAGACAAUGACAAAUGGGUUCUAUGCAGCAAUCGCCGGUGGAGUCCUUGUCGCCGUGAUCACUGCAAUCCUUCUCGUCCUAUUCGUCGUUUUCCGAAUUCGGAAAAAAGACGAAGGAUCGUACGCAUUAGAUGAGCCAAAACAGGCACGACCCUACGCCACGUAUGCCUACACCAAAGCAUCAACAAAGGAAUUUUACGCGUAA